AUGCCACAAGCCCCACACCUGCCACGCCAGCCACAACAUCAGGAUCGAGAAGUGCAUGAACCCGUGCCAGAGCGCACAGAACGCUCCUUGCAGGCAUCUGUGAGCAGGAUAGCCCAGGAGUCAAUCUCCUUCGGACGUUUGCUCCAGGAGGCGCAAGACACGUUGAAGGGCGCUGCAACACAGGCUACGGCGCCAACCGCUCGCAGGCUACAUCAGCAUUUGGACGCGCUGGAAGCAAAGACUCGCCAGUUGCGCGCAGAUGCAGGCCGCUCACAGAUGAGAAGGAGCCCACGAGAGGGGACACAGCACCAGCAAUCCUUUGACCUCAUCACACGUGGCACAGGAUGGCGCACGCAGCCGCGAACUUCUCAGCUGUAG